ACUCGGAGCUGCUUGGACUAUCCUCCGCUGCUGAGUCUAGCCUUAUCCAACCCAUCUGUCUCGUUCCUUCUCAGUCACAUCUUAUACGCUGUGUCUUGGGAUUCUUGAUCCAUACAUUCUAAUAUUUUUCAAUUUUUCUUUCAAAGGGAACAGCGUAACGACUUGCCGAAACAAACAUUUUUUUUUUUUUUUGGGUAAAUAAACAAACACUUUGUUUGUGAUUCGGGAUGCCCAAGGCAUGCCAGAAAUAGGAAUAAAAUAGGAGAACAUUUAAAUCCGGUGAGGUCAUGCUGGUCAUUGGCUUUCUUUUUUUUCUUUUUUUUUUUUUUUUUAAGAAGAAAAAAUAAUAUAAAAUGGAGAGCAUUGAAUAAGGGUCGGGCUGAACACGGAUUGGGUUGGGUGGAAAAAUAAUAACCGAUCUCAAUCAGGUCGGAUUGAUUAAGCUUGUUGUACUCGAUUCAACCCAACUCUACCCAAUAGUUCAUAGAAUCCAAUCCAAUCCAAUAAUAGUAGGGUAGGAUUGGAUGAUCGAGCUGAGCUUUUAAGUCGGGUGUAAAUCCACAUAUGAAUUUUGAUCAUUUUUCAACAAAUAUUCAAACAAAUAGGUCCGACUCUUAAUUUUGGCCUUUUCAGUUUAUGAAAAAAUCAAAUUACUAUGGCAUUAACUAGAUUGAAGCUACAUGUUACGACUUUUUUUGUCAUAUCCAAAUAUAAUAUAGAGCAAUUGUAGAGAGAGGGUUAAAAAAAAAAAAAUGCUUUUCUUAUAAAUUUCGGAAUUAAAAAAAAAAUUGUGUGGCCAGUUUAAUGUUUCAAGCAAGACCUUAAAAAAGCAUUCUACAUAUUUUUAUUUAUUUUUUUAAAUCCUGCAUUUUUUUUAAGAUCGAAGAAGAGAUAUAUUGUAUUUUUUUUUUCUUUUUAACGAUUGAAUAUUGAAAUAGAAAAACCAAACCAGGGUUCUUUUACUCACUCAAGAACAAAGAAAAGUUAACAAAAGAAGAAAAGAAGUAGUGAAACUGAAAGGGCUUUCUGAUGAGCAGUGAAGUAAACUCAAGUUCUGACUCAGAUUCUUGGUGUUACAGAGACCACUUGUAGCUUGUGGUGGUGAUAGAAACAAGUAGUGCAAUUGGUCGGCGAUGGGAUUCAAAAGCUAGAAGAAUAGUUGGGGGUGAAAAGUAAUUGCUGAGAGUGGAGACGAGAGGUUGGAGGCUGAGAAAAGAAGAGCAAAACCAAUUUUAGGGCAAAAUGGAUUGAGACUUUUUUUUUUUUUAAUUUGAGGUUAUUUUAUUUGUUUUGUACUAAUGGAUAGAUGAAAAAUUAUAUUCUUUUUAAUUAGUAACAAUAUAUGGGUCAGGUUCGGUUAUACCAAAGUUUUUAAUAUAUAACCCGAUACUCAACUUGAUGAAGUCGGGUUGGAAAAAAGCCAACCGACAUCCAUUCCCGCCUAGAUGGUAUCGGUUUCACUUAUUACUGGGUCGGAUCGGUUGAAUUUGGUAGGUUGGCGUUUAAUGAACAGCCAUAAAUAAGGGUACUAUAAAAAUUUGAAAAUUAUAUGAGCAUUAAAUAGGCUUUUCCACAUGUUAUGCUUUUAUUUAUUUUUAUGGUACAACUUGGGUAGGUACUUAUUGAGCCUCUAUUACCCUGUACAGGGUCUAGCUUUUCAAUCGCAAAAAUAUUUUUAUAUUAUUAUGUAUACAUAUAUAUGUCACACGCACACGCAGACUAAAACACGUUUUACUUGGAAUAUGCUGUAUACAUCUAUGUUACGCGUGACUGAGAGGAGUUGGUCCCUAUUUUUUAUUAUUAUGAGUUGGACCUUAAUAUCUAUAUAAAAUAAUAAGUAACGUAGUUUCGUCUUGCUGACAAAAAUAAAUCAGUUUUGUUUUGCAACAACUUUGCCCUAAAUGAUAAAUACAUUGAUUAAUUAAUAUUGUGGUAUCUACGUAUCUUGUUCUUGUUAUGGUCGGCUAGGACUUGUUUCCGGAAAUAAGUUGAUGACAUUCAUGUUACUACGCCUAAAAUAACAGCAGGCCAAAAUAUAUAUAUAUAUAUAUAUAUAUAGUGGAUAUGGGGACACCGCGAUCUUCCUUUGAAAUUCAACCAGUGGUGUAAUGUGGUUCGGUGGGAGUUCAGCAAUCCAAUCCCAUUCAUCAGGAGGCAUGAGUUUCUUUGGCAAUAAGGGCACACCGCUUUCGCAACCAAGUUAGAGGCGGAUAAAGAGGUAUUGUUGAUAUAUAGGAAUUGUAUAAACGGGUAUAUGAAGAGUACUUGGCUGUUCCUGUUGUAAUGGGCCACAAGAGUGAGUUGGAGAAGUUUGCUGGUGGACUUUAAACAACAAGUGUCCAGGCGUUUAUUCUGAAUAGCGGCCGUGGCAUUCACGCUGCGACUUCACAUUGCCUGGGUCAGAAUUUCGAAAGAAUGUUCGAGAUUGAUUUUGAGAAUGAAAGAGGAGAGAAAACCAUGGUGUGGCAGAAGUCAUGGACCUAUAGCACUCGAACCACCGGAGUCAUGAUGAUGGUUCAUGGGGAUGAUAGUGGCUUGGUUCUGCCACCUAAAGUAGCUGCUGUCCAAGGUCACAUCCCAUGCAAAGAUGCUGAUGCUCAAGCAAUUUUUGAUGCCUGUGCUACCACUGUGAAGGUGUUGAAUGAAGCAGGUAUUCGUGCCGAGGCUGAUUUUAGGGACAACUACUCUCCUGGUUGGAAGUACGCGCAUUAGGAGAUGAAAGGUGUUCCUCUGAGGAUCGAAAUUGGAUCCAAGGAAUUGGCUCAUGACACGAUAAGUGUUGUUCACCGUGACAAUUCGGAAAGAGCAGAAAUACCAAUGGCAAACUUGGUUGAGAAAGUAAGGGAAAAGCUGGUCACCAUUCAAAAGAGCCUGUAUGAUGCUGCCGAACAAAAGCGAGAUGCUUGCAUUCAGACUGUUAGGACUUGGGAUGAAUUUAUUGAAGCACUUGGCCAGAGGAAGCUGAUCUUUGCUCCUUGGUGUGAUGAGGAGGAGCUCGAGGAGGAUGUGAAAGCAAGGGCAAAGGGAGAGAUGGGAGCAUGUAAGACUCUGAUCUGUACACCAUUUGAGCAGCCAGAACUUCCCAAAGGUACAUCUGGGAAACCAGCAAAGAAGUGGACCUAUUGGGGCAGGAGUUAUUAGAGACCUCAACCUGAACUGAAGCAUGGUAGAAUGUGGGGUCGUGCACUUGGAGCUGUGGGGAAAAUCCCAAUUUUCACAAUCUAAUUAAUUAAUAUCUUGCUUUAUUUGAGUCAGAACACAUUAUAGUAUUUGUUUAUAUAUAAUUUUUUUUUUUUUAAGCAUUGAAAUAUCUAAAUUUUUUAGUCGCUCUUAUAUAAGAAUAAUAUUUAUUUAAAAGCA